AUGACCGCCAUCACACCAUGCUCCAACCCGUACGACCCGUCCAGGGACCUGAGCCCGAACCUGCCGACCACGUCGUGCCGCGGCCAGGAUACGACCAACGUAUUCGGCGUGGUCGGCGUGGUCGGCGGUGGCGUGCACGGCCAGUGUUGCGCGUUCAAGUCAGAGUUCGACGACGACUGCACCACUGCCGCCGACUGCUGCAGCAAGGUGUCCCCGCCGCCGCCUCCUCCGCCGCCUCCGAUUUCCAUCAUGGGACGCGACGACUACCGCGGCGGCCCGCUGCAGGCGGUGCCGUGCAAGCAGGAACUCGACGCCGGCCACGGGUUGGGUUCGUCGCCAGCCGGACACCAUCACAGCCACCAGCUGCUGCACCACCAUCACCACCACCAUCUCGGUGGUGGUUACGAUUCGCCGCCGGAACCGUCGUCGUCGUCGCCUCCGCCGGCCGGCCACGCGACGUCUUACGGCGGCAGUGGCGCUUACGAGACGUCGCCGCCCGCCGCCGACAUGAUGGUCCGGCCCAAGCGGGAACAGGCCGAGGUGAACCUGUGCGACGGUUGCGGUCUGAAAAUCCUAGACCGUUACUAUCUGUUCGCGGUGGACAAGAGAUGGCACGCCACGUGUCUGCAGUGUUCCCAGUGCGCCCGGACCCUGGCCACCGAAAUCAAAUGUUUCUACCGGGACGGUAACAUUUACUGCAAGGCCGACUACCAAAGGUUGUACGGCAUACGGCGGUGCGGCCGGUGCCAGGCGGCCAUUUCGCCGUCGGAGCUGGUGAUGCGCGCCCGGGACACGGUGUUCCACGUGCCGUGUUUCAGUUGCACCGUCUGCUUGGCGGUGCUGACCAAGGGCGAUCAGUUCGGCAUGCGCGACGGCGCGGUGUUUUGCCAGCACCAUUACCAGCAGUUCGGGCCGUCGUCCGCGUCGCUGCAGGCCCAGCAACAGCAACAGCAACAGUCGCCGCUGCCGAGGACCAUCAUGCCGCCGUCGAUGACGCCCGUCCAGUCGCCGUACCCGUCGUCCCGGGCGCUCGAGUCACCCGCGCCCGGCGCCGGCGCGUUCUUCAACGGCGGUGCCGCGGCCAACGGAGCCGGUGGUGCGCCUGCCGUCUCCGCUCCCACGCAACCCCGGCAGAAAGGCCGUCCCAGGAAGCGUAAACCCAAAGACUUGGACGCCAUGACCGUCAAUAUGGACAUGAACUCCAGCGAUUCGUACAACAUGGAAAUGGCGUUCGGCCCUGGUGGCUUGUCAUCCGGAGGCGGUAACGGUGGUCCCGGGUCCGGUCAUCAGCGGACGAAGCGCAUGCGCACGUCAUUCAAACACCACCAACUACGUACCAUGAAGUCGUACUUCCAUCACAACCACAACCCCGACGCCAAGGAUCUCAAACAACUCUCGCAAAAGACCGGCCUCCCCAAACGGGUGUUACAGGUUUGGUUCCAAAACGCUCGAGCCAAGUACAGGCGGACGUCGACCAAACAAGACGGCAGUCUGGGAUCGUUGGCGCCGCCGUCGAUAAAACCAGACAAAAGCUGUUCGGAAAGCUCGACGGGCUCGACCGGCAUCGAAGCGGUUAUGUUCCACCAGCAGCAGCAGCAACAGCAACAACAGCAGCAACACCACGCUAUGCAGAUGAGCCCCAGGAGCUAUCUGAGCACAUCGUCGCCGAUGGAAUGCGGGUCGUAGAGAACCAUCACUGCAACUACUACUAUCGUAAACAAUAAUAUAUAAAAUAAUAUUAUCGUCUAACGUUUCCUUUAUAUCAUAGUAUAUCGUAAUUAUUAUUAUACAGAAAUAUUAUAGUAUAUUAUACGUAACUCGUGUGUACAUAUAUAAAUAUAGGGGGGGGGGGAUUACGAAUAAAUAGAAAUAAUAAUAUAUUAUUAUGUUAUAAACGUCGGCGUUUAUAAAAAAAAAAAAAAAAAUUAUGAGAACAGCGAAAAGUCAGUUUCGUAUACGUGCAAUAUUUUCAGAACAUAUAUAAGUAACUUAAGUUGUUGUUUUUUUUUUUUUAAUUAAAUAUUUAUAUUGUUGAAAGUAUAACGGUUUGAAAAAAAAAUAAUGAGAGAAAAAAAUACUAUUAGUCUUUAGUAACGAUGUUCGAGAGUAGUAUAUAUAUACAUAUAUAUAUAAAUACAUACUUAAUAAGCGUAACUUGUAUAAAUCGAUGUUGUCCUUACUUCCCUUGUGUCUAUACAUAUACUUUGUAAAACAUGUACAUUUCUCUUAAAUAAAAAACAUUGUGGUGACAUUUUAAUAAUUUAAAAAA